CUCUUCUCAGUCCACGAAAUUGGUUCAUUGUUGGAGACAAAAUGUACAUUAUUACAGCGGAAAGACGCAGCUUUACGGAAUCAGCGAGGGUCUGCUUAUCCUAUGGCGCGUCCCUCGCCGUUAUUAGUGACGAUGAAGAAAACGAUAAAUUAACUGAAGCUGGUGCAUCCUUCAAUAGACAAAUACAGCUAAAACAGAAGUUAAUUGCAUUUAUUGGAUACUACAGGAAAACUAAGAGUCUGACGUCGUGGUCAUGGAUUGAUUCAUCGGAAAAAUCCUCUUACUCAAAUUUUUCAGCAGACACAACGUUAUCAGAUGAAAAUAAGGCAUGCGCGGUACUUGACUUCAGAGAUGGCUCAUGGAAGGUUAUUCAAUGCUCCUAUAACACUUUAUAUAUAUGUGAAAAAGGACUUGAAUGGCAUUACUUCAAUACAAAGAGAUUCAUUUACACAACCAGGUCACACUAUUAUGAAGAAGGUGAAGAGUUAUGCAACAAAAUAAAUUCCAACUUACUGACAAUCGAUAGCCAAGAGGAAAACGAUUUUGUUCAAAAUUUCCUUGAGGUCGAUCACUCGCAAAACUCUGAGAAUCUGUUAAGAUAUCACUACUCGCAUAAAACAUCUAAAUGGUACCGUGACAGAGCACACACGAAUCAGAUUGUGUUUGAUGCAUUUUUUAGCAGCGGGCAUCGUCACCCAAGAGAUAUGAAUGUGAAUUGUACUGCUCUUGUUACUGGCUUAUUUGCAAAAUACAGAGGUACCUGGAUAGCAAAGAACUGUGUUACGGCCAGUAGAAGGGUGGUGUGCAACGGAC